AUGGAGGACGGUGCAGAGUACGGCCAUGCCGGCAUCCAGCAUCAUAUGCCCUCCCAUCAGCAGCUAUCCAAAGAGCUGACCCAGCACCAUCACAGCAACCAAACCCAGCAGCAGCAGCAGCAGCAGCAACAACCACAGCAACAUCACCGUAACCAUGCACACCAAUCGCAGCAAUCGCAUCACGCGAAGCUCCUCCAACAGCAACAACUCCAGUCCCAAUCCUCGCAACAACAUCAUCUCACGAACGUUCCGCCAUGGUACGCUUCGUCGUCCGGUGGGACGCUCCGUUCGGCCGGUUCCGGCCGGCGGGCAUCGUACGGCCACAGCCAUUACGGUACGCUGCAACCGCAACAGCAACAACAGCAACAACCACAACAACCACAACAACAACAACAACCCCCCCUUGCUUUACCACCUUCAGCCGUCAGCUAUCACGAUAUGGCCGACACGGUUUCGAUCGGCAGCGGACACUCGGCCCAGCGCUACAUCGAACAACACCCAAUACAGUCGCAACAACAGCAGCAACAACAACAACAGCAGCAACAACAACAACAUCUUCGUGGAGUCGAGGGGACGAUGCUCGGUCGGACCGGUGGGUUGCUGAUCGAUCGACACGGCAGCACGGACCGGUUCGGUGCGCUGGAUGAUCCGCUCAGCACGAGCUGCCUGCAGCCACCGUCACCGGCACCGAGUAACGACCACUACGUGAUGGGACUGCCCGCACCGGCACCGGUCAACCAUCACUACACCGACAGCCGGCACUACGGCACGAUACAGCGCCGGACGGCGAGCCCCUCGAACAUCAGAUAUCGGCACAGCCUCACGGAGAACUAUCGGGACAUUUCGCCACAGUGCGACCGGUACGUACCGCCGCCGGCUCACUUCCUCGGUGCGGACACCUACGGCUACCUCGGCUCGAACGUGCACACCCCGAUCAAGCGGUACGUGCCGACACCGCCCCCGCAGGACCCGCCCUAUCCGCCGCUGCCGGGUAGUGCCGCGUCAGUCAACGCCAAGACGCAAGCCCUCAUGAGUGCGCUGAUGCUCGGGCAGGGUGUUUCCAUGGCGGGUGGCCCAUCGCGUGGUCCCUCCCAUGCCCACCACGGUCCGGCCCAGUAUGCGUACGCGACCAGCACCCUGCCGUACGGGUUUCGCGUAAAGAGCGGGAACAGUGGGAGUGGCACCACCGAUCCCACCACCAUAUCGCCCCCGAAAGGGUUCGAAACGCCCGACCACCAUUACGGGGCCAGCAACACCACCACCACCAGCAACGGAAGCGUCAAUACACCGUCUGCCCGCGUUCGGCCGCCCAAGUGCCCGCCGUCCUCGCUCGGGGGUGGGCCCACACCGCACAGUACCGCCACCCUGCCGCACACCGCCGGUGGGCAUGUGUCGCGGAGCAGCAGCCGCCACUCGCAGGCAUCGAUCGGCAGCGGCAGCAACAGCUACCGGAUGUCGCGGACGUCGAGCGCGGAGUUUCUGGAUCAGCCGCGCCCGCCCAGCUACCGGGUGUCCACGCCGGUGAGCGUGAUGAGCGAACCGAACGGUGGCAGUGCGUCCUGUCUGCACUGCAGCACACUGCGCCGGACGACCGGCGUGCAUCAGACGACGCAAACGACGGGCCCCAUCAGCCCCCAGCCAAUGGCGCCCGGCGAUACGGCCAGCUGCCAUUCCGUGCCGGCCAGUCCCGCGUCACUCACCUCACCGCCGCAGCUGACCGCGGCAUCUUCACCCCAUCCCCAGUCGGGUGCGGCGCUGCCCCCGAUGCAUCUGCCACCGGCGACCGUGCAAGGCAACGCAGCGGCACAAUCACAGCACUCGCAGACGUACGAUAGCGUUAGCGAGAGCGGCGGGACGCUCGAUCGGGACGGUGGUGCCACGAUACCGCGCAACGCUAGCAAGCAUCAGUUUGCGCCGCCGAGCCGCAAUGAGGCGCCUUCGAUGGAGAAUCUGCUCAGCGCCAGCAGCAGCCGAUCGUUGCUAAUACAGCAGCAGCAGCAGCAGUACAGCAAUACCCUGCAGCAACCAUCGCAGGCGGGUCCUUCCACAAGCCAGCAGCCGUCGACCAGUGCGACGGCAACACCGGUCCAACUAGCACAACCAUCCACAGCACAACAAUCAAUACCACCGCCGCAGCCACCGGCAGCCAGUCCGCAGCAACCGAACGUCCCGGCCGAGCCGCUUCCAUCUCAGCCGCCACAGCCAGCGCCCUCACCGCACCAGCUACUGCCCCAACCACCGAUCCUGAUGCCCGCCCCGCCCGCCAUCCUGCCGUACCCGAUGGCGUCCCAUCCCGGUCCCUCGCUGAACGAUUCGCCCGCUUCGACGCUGCAGCGCAGCAGCAACGCCCAGCUCCUCCGCAUGCCCCAGUCGAACCUGUCCUGCAAGCAGCGCGCCAAGGAGUACGUGCGGCGCGAGACGGCCAAAUUUUUCGGCGUACCAAUCCAGGACGAAGCGUACGAGCGGACGAAGUGGGACGAUCGGCAGCGUCGGUUCGCGUGCCGGCGGUUCGGUACGUUGCGCGACGAUUACGACCGGGACGGGCAUCCGCUGCACGGGAACGGACCGGGCGGGGUGCAUCACCAUGCGAACGACCAUCACGGGCAGGGGGUGAAUGGGCACGGGGCGCCGGUCCCACUGCCCCCGUCCGAUCGGCCCGACAUUCUGCCGGCCCAGAGCCAGGACGAGCGCGAAACGGAGCUGAGCCGCCGGCAGCGGGCCAACCCGCAUUACGCAUCCGCCCAGGACCAGCAGGGCGAGGUGUACCUGAUACGGGCGGAGCGCAAACCGUCCGUACCGGCCGUCAUCUGCCGGGGACUGCACUUCCUGGUGCAGAGCAUCACCCGCCGGCGGUUGCGCACGCACAAACAGUGGUCCCGCAGCUUCGCACCGGCCCACGUGGAGCUGACCGGGUCGGACGGGUCGGACGGUGCGGAGGUGCACUGUGAUGGGCUCGCCCCGAUACAGGACGGUGAGGCGUUCUUCGACACGGUGGGCGUUGGUCCGCAGGACCGGGUGCCGCCGCAGGGCGGUCUGAUGGCGCACGACAAUUCCCGCCAGCUCUUCGUGUCCGACGGGGAUCGGGCGACCGGCAGUGGCAUUAUCAACGGCUGGCGAACCAAGUCGGCGGAGCUGCAUCAGGCUGUCCAGGCGGGUCAACAGGGGCAGCAGCAGCAGCAGCAGCAAAACCCGGACCAAGCUGGAGCCGCCACCGGUGGCAUCUACGGCCAGCGCAUCUCCUCCCACAUCCUGGACGGCGUGUUGGACAACUCGCUGCGGCCGGUACGCAACCGGGUGAAGCUGUUGCGACCCAACCUGCUGGACGAACGGUACGACUACCGGCCAUUCUUCACCUACUGGCUCAACACGGUCCAGAUCGUGGUGAUGAUCCUCUCGCUGAUCUGCUACGGUUUCGGCCCGAUCGGGCUGGGCAUGGAGUACCGGUCGGCGCAGGUUCUCGUGACGAGCCUCAGCUUGCAACAGGUCCAUCACCAAGAGCCGCGCAACAUUUGGAUCGGUUUGCGUAGCGCCGAUCUGAUACAUCUCGGUGCGAAGUAUGGUGCGUGCAUGCGACGCGACACGAAAAUCCUGGACGUUGUGUCGCGAACGCGCAAGCACGAACGGGAAACGGCUUGCUGCAUACGGAAUGACGAUUCCGGCUGUGUACAGAGCUCCCAGGCGGACUGUUCGAUCCGUGGUUGGCCGUCGAAAACGAUCGCCACGUGGAAGAAGUGGUCCCCGGGUGAAUCGGGCCCGGGCGGACGCAUCUCGGGCAGCGUCUGCGGGCUCGAUCCGAAGUACUGCGAUGCGCCGGCCUCUAUCGCACCGCACGAAUGGCCGGACGACAUCACCAAGUGGCCGAUCUGCCGGAAGAACAACCAGCUGUCGCAGCGCUUUCGCUUCAAGGACCACACGGCGGAGCAUAUGGUGUGCGAGGUGAUCGGUCACCCGUGCUGCAUCGGCGUGUACGGCGAGUGUCGCAUCACGACCAGAGAAUACUGUGAUUUCGUGCACGGCUACUUCCACGAGGAGGCAUCGCUGUGUUCGCAGGUCUCGUGCUUGAACGAUGUUUGCGGCAUGUUCCAUUUCAUUGCCGUCGACUACCCGGACCAGUUCUAUCGGCUGUUUACGUCGCUGCUGCUGCACGCCGGCCUGAUACAUCUGAUCGUCAGCGUCGCCUUCCAGCAUCUGCUGCUGGCCGACCUGGAACGGCUGAUAGGGCCGCUGCGGACGGCCAUCCUGUACAUUGGUUCCGGCAUCGCGGGCAAUCUCACGAGUGCUAUCUUUGUGCCGUAUAAGGCGGAGGUUGGACCGCUGCCUUCGAUUGCGGGCGUGCUGGCAUCACUGAUGCUGCAGCUCGUACUGUGCCACUGGAAGAGCUUGAAAAAACCCCACAUAGCUAUGAUCAAAUUGCUAACCCUCGGCUGCACCCUGUUCGGGCUGGGGACACUGCCACUGCAGCAGAACUUUACCGGGCUGAUCGCGGGUCUGCUCACCGGUAUAGCACUCACGCUAGCAUUUGUACCAUUUGUGAACGUAACGAAACAUAGUCGUAAGAGUAAGAUCAACCUCAUCUGGACGUGCGUGACGCUACAGUUCGUGCUGUACGCGAUCAUGUUCAUCAUAUUCUACGCCUUCCCGACGCUGUUCGAGUCGCUUAACUUCAUCGACGGCAAUCAGCUGAUGGACCCGAACGCCGGCCAUGGCUAUCACGACCAUUACAGCCUGUACGAUGGUUACAACAACUACAACCCGCUCGGCGGUACCGGCGGCCAUACGCCCGGUGGUGGCCACAACCACAACGGGCAUGGAGUCGGCGGUGGUCCCAACGGUGGAAGCGGAUCCGGAACGGCCGGUGGCAAUCACAUCAUCGGCACGUACAACAACAAUUACAAAUCUUCCGGUGGCAAUGUAAUGCACAACCAUCACGAUUACACUGGCGGUGGUGGUGGUGGCAGUGUUAUGUCCGGCGGUCCCAACCGGAACAGUGCGGGCGGGGGCCGCACUUCCACCGGCAACAAUCUGCUAAAGACGGUUGGCCUGUGCGAGAAGGGCCAGUGUGUGCUGAGGCAACCGCGGCAAACGGACACGAAUGCAUGACGUCGAUGUUUUCUGCUAUUCACCGCACUCGAGCUAUGCUUCGUCCUGUUUGUGCUGCUCGUGCUGUACGAUGUGGACGACUUUCAGAUUGUGUACCAGUUCGUACUGCAUUGAUUUUUAUGGCAUCGACAACAAAACAAAGACCCCCCCCCCACGUUAGAUAAAAAAAACCGCGUUUGCCGAGCAGCUCCCCCGAGCAAUUCAUUGUGAUCCCAGGUUGCUGCUGGUUCUUUCCUGCAAAAAAAAAGCAAAAGAACAUUUCACAAAACUGCGAGAGAGAGAGAGAGAAUAACUCCACAUUGUUAGAAUUGCGCAAUUUCAAUUGCGCCGAACGUUUAAAUCAAGUUCCCUGGUUUGUUUUUUCUUGGGGGAUAUCGAUCGAUGAAACGAGGUGCAAUUUAAUACGAAUUAAGCGGAAUUGUGUGCAUCAUAUGACCAAGGUCCCAAAAAAACAGAGCUAGAACCCUAUCCCUAUCCCUAGAAUCCCUCCCCAUUCAUGCAAUCAAUUACCAACCCCCCCCCGUGUGCAUCGCGUACCAUUCUUAUCCAUCCAGUAGCAAUAAUCGUAUCGUUAUCCAUUAAUCUACCCACGAGUACUUUAAGUAAUCAGCAAAGCUAAAAUCAAAACAGCAAACACAUACAUGCAAGCCACCGGCAAACGUAUCUCCACAUCCUUCAAUAUCUUUUACAUUUCGGUCACUUUCCCAAAAGCCUGGCAGGGAAAGUGACCCGGUUCGAGAGAGGGGAGUUGUCGCGUUUAGAAGUGAUGCCCAACGAGCCAGUUGUUAUUUAGUUAACACACACACACACACACACACACACACGGGAACAUUCUGUCCCGUGGGUGGGGGGGUGUGCCGCACUGGAAGCUUUCGGUUGUACCCAGUCUGUUGUUUUAGUCUGAUUUUAAAUCUCUUGUUACGCGUAUCGAUUUAUCGUCCUCACAAUCAUCAAUCGCCGUGUGAUAGCAUUGUUAAAUGAUCCUUAUGUUACUACAUAUCCAUCUACUUACUUCGCCCCAUUCCCGCCCCUUCCAAUCGUGUGCUCCACAACUGUCAGCGAAGAAUAAAAAAAGUUGCGCGACAAAAACGGUGCGCGCUGCUCGUGUGGCACAAGUUCGUAGUGGAGUACAGAGACAAGCAAAACAAACAAACAAAAAAACAAACGAACCCCGAAAAGCAGAACGAUAAAAAGUAGAAUAAACCCAAUAACAGCAACAAAAAAAAAACUGAAACAAAAAAAUAAAAAAAUAAAUUGUAGCAUUUAAUAAGGAAACAAAACGAAACACAACGCAACGUGGUGCCGCGGUUAGUUUUGUUCAGCACGCCAACAACACGCAACCACAAGUGGCUGGAGUGGUGAACGGAAGGACAGUUUUUGCAAUGAAACUAAAAAUAACAAAACAAAGGGAGGAAAAACAAACCCGUAAUAUAGUAAUUAACACAUUAGAAACAUUAUCCAAACAGAUGAAUAGAUGCAAUGGAGAAAGCGUGCGAUGUGGGAGUAGAAAAAAGAAACAAAACAAACGAACAACAACAACUGCAAAUAAAAACCCGAGAGCUAAAACGUAAAACAAACAGUUGAUAACACUUACAUAAACAGAACAAAACGAAACAAAAGAGAAGAAACACACGUACACACACAACAAUCUAGGCAACGUAAUGUAAUAACUCUAGAUAAGCGAUACCCAAUUCAUAGAAUUGUCCCUCAGUUAGUGAAAAUGAAAGAAAUUAAUGAUGAAGCAAAGAACAAAAAAAAAACACAUGAAUAAACGAACCACACAACUACAGACAGCAUCACACACAAACACGUAAGUAAAGUAAUUAAUAAACACACAAAUCUAACACACUUAACCGUGGGCGAACCAUUUUUUCGAGGUGGCUGUUGUAGGGAGGCAGAGAGCGCUGCGCAUAGGUGUGUUUUGUGGACACAGAAGAUUGCGCAUGCUGUAAAGCAUUAUGGUGUAGGAAGGAAGGCAAAAUGAAAAAUAGCAGAAGGGAAACAAAUACUUGCACCCAAAGAAAACUCUAGAACUUAUCAAUAAACUUUAGAGUUAAGAGUGGAUAAAUAGGAAAACAACAACAACAACACACAAACACACACAUACACACAAACACAUUUGUUAAUGCAGCAAAGAAAGGGAAUGGAAAAGGGUAGCCGCCGGAAGCUUAGGAUGAAGCACACAAAUGCGUCAGAAAGGUAAACAAAAAUCCACUUACACAGGGUGAAGGGGUAGAAGACGGGGUGGAGCAAAAUUGGUGACGAAGCAACAAAAAACAAGAAAAAAGAAAAAACCGGCAACGGAAACCAGAACAAAAUCUUAUGUAAGUAAAUUCUAAUAAUAAAACCUCUAU